GUUAAUGGCGGCUGCCUGACUGCGGGGCGCGCCCGCCCUCACCCCACCUUCCUCCUCCUCCGCUGCCCCCCCGCCCCGCGCCGCAGAAAAGCCCGGGAGCGGCUCCCGCUGUCCGCACUCCGUCGCUGCGGCAGGGUAGAGGACCAUGGUGGAGGCGAGGGCUCUGCCCUGCGGCGGCUGGGCGGGGUAGCGCGGGCCGCCCUGUGCCGGCGACCGGCGGAGGCUGAGGAGUGCUCUGCCAUGACUACAGCAAGAUACAGACCUACCUGGGACUUGGUUCUUGACCCAUUAGUGUCCUGCAAGCUUUGCCUUGGGGAGUACCCUGUGGAGCAGAUGACAACCAUAGCACAAUGUCAAUGCAUCUUCUGCACCCUGUGCCUAAAGCAGUAUGUGGAACUCCUGAUCAAAGAAGGCCUAGAGACAGCCAUCAGCUGCCCCGAUGCUGCCUGCCCCAAGCGAGGCCAUCUGCAAGAGAAGGAGAUUGAGUGCAUGGUAGCCUCAGAAAUCAUGCAGAGGUAUAAGAAGCUCCAGUUUGAGAGAGAGGUGCUGUUGGAUCCCUGUCGGACUUGGUGUCCCUCCUCUACGUGCCAGGCAGUUUGCCAGCUCCAGGAACAGAGCCCCCAGGACCCCCAGCUGGUCCAGUGCAAGGCCUGUGACAUUGAGUUCUGCUCUGCUUGCAAGUCCAACUGGCACCCAGGCCAGGGCUGCCAGGAGAACAUCCCAGUCUCCCUUCUGCCAGGAGAAACGAGCUCUGUCCUGAAGGAGGAAGAUGAUGAUGCUGACGACGCUCCCAUCAAGCGCUGCCCCAAGUGCAAGGUCUACAUCGAGCGGGACGAGGGCUGUGCCCAGAUGAUGUGCAAGAACUGCAAGCAUGCCUUCUGCUGGUACUGCCUGGAGUCUCUUGAUGAUGACUUCCUCCUCAUCCAUUAUGACAAAGGACCUUGUAGGAACAAGCUGGGACACUCCAGGGCAUCUGUGAUCUGGCACAGGACACAGGUGGUAGGAAUCUUUGCAGGAUUUGGCCUUCUCCUCUUGGUGGCCUCCCCUUUCCUUCUCCUUGCCACACCCUUUGUGCUGUGCUGCAAGUGCAAGUGCAACAAAGGAGAUGAUGACCCUCUGCCUACCUAAGUGGAGAGAAGACUGGACUCAGCCCAUCACACACUUUGGUUUUUCUCCUUGCUGUUGGUGUUUCCCUCUUGCUGUAGCCUUACUUUGCCCCCUGCUGCUUUUCAUUGACACACAGUCUGGGUUCCAGGGACUGCUGGGUAGAUCAAUUGACAGUAGACAAGGAGGGUCAUGGAAGGCAAGUUUGGUGCUAAAGAGAGGCCGUGGGCCUGAGUAAGCCAUCAGAGGUGAAGAGGUGACACUGCUGAGAGCACUGCAAGAGGUUGCUGCUGCUCUGCUGGUGGAAGCAUGCUGAGAGCCAGCAGCAAAGCAAGCUGAGGAUGCCUCCAAAGCUACACUUGUGCAUAUCUCCUCACUGCCACAUUUGGUGUCUUAAUCUUCUCUGCCUUUCAGUUGCCUGCCACCUAAAUCAGGUCACCCUGGGGUGCCCUGGCCCCGUGCAUCACCCUUCAGUUCCCUUCAAGCCACCCCAGUGUCCUUCUCAGGCCCUGUUGUUCCCAGGUAGAACAGACUCCAUGAGGUGCAUAUAGGCCACCCUAUGCCUUUGGGAAGGCUUAGAGGGAUAGAGUUGGUUCUGCUGCCUUCCAGCUUGGGACAUCUGAGAAGAAAUGGAGCUGGUGGGAAGCUGUGAGCUUGAGUGGUGACCCCAAACCUGCCACCUCAGCAAGGGGCACUCCAAAACGCUUCUAGGGGAUCAAUUACCUCUGCUGGCUGGGCUGGGGCUUGGUUGGGCUUGGGGUUUUGGUCUGAAUUGUUCACUUCUGUUGCUGUUCUUUAGGGUUCUGCUACAUUUAGAGGGCUAUGUAACUUCUAAUCCAGGUAUCUUCAUCUCUUUUUCUAGAGUUAGCUAGAGCUAGGAUCCUAUUUAAACCAAAAGUGUAAAUAGCUGUGCUGUUGGACUAGGGAAAUGCUUUGGACCUUCAAGAUAGCUUCUUCUGUCCUUAGAACCAUGGAAUGGUUAGAAGCAACCUUUAGCAUCACCCAGGCCAACCAUUCUCUGACUCUGCCAAGGCUGGGGCUGAGCCAUGGCCCUCAGCACCACAGCUCUGCCUCUUGAAAACACCUUCAGGGAUGGGGAUUCAGCCUCCUCCCUGGGCAGCCUGUGCCAGGCUCUGAGAACCCUUCCAGUCAACAAGUUUCUUCUCAUCUCCAACCUAAACCUCCCCUGGGACAGCCUGAGGCCAUUUCCUCUGCUCCUAUCACUUGGUAGUAUUGAGAAGAGACCAACAUCCAGGGAUGGAGAUUAAACCACCUUCAGGGACAAAGAUUCACUCCCCUCCAGGGGUGAGGAUUCAACAACCUCCAGGGGUGAGGAUUCAACAA